AUGGUUAAGCCAAAAGACAUCGAUAAGCCUUGGUGCUACGGCAAAGCCCAAGGAGAACAACAACAACAUUUAUUUUCAAUAAUAAGAAAUGAUUACAACAAAGCGUUGCAGAUUCAAGUGGAGGUGCAAACGACGGAAGAACCAGAAGUUGUGCCUUUGCCUAACAUCAGUUACGUUAUACCAUACUUUACGGCUAAUUGGCACAAAUCCGUCGAGUACUGCAACUACCUCGGACUUCGGCUGGCCGUGAUCGACUCCAGGGAAAAAGAAGCCGGUCUUUACGCGGCCGUCAAAGCCUCGGAUGUCUACUCGAGCGGCAGUACCCUGGUGUGGGUGGGGGCGAGCGAUCUGGCCGACGAGGGAAACUUCCACUGGCAUGGGACCGGCCGGCGGGUUGCCUACUCGAACUGGGCUCGUCGCCAGCCGGACAACGCUGGUGCAGAGCAUUGCGUCGAAGUCGGACUGCACGAGUAUCCAUCGUUGAGCAUGCAGUGGCAGUGGAACGAUCGGGACUGUAAGGCAAAUCGUUACUUUGUGUGUGAAGGAUAUUAGAUGGAAUGAGUGAACUGAUAAAGUGAAUUUAAGUAGCCGAAAUAAUCAUUUCACAAAAUAUUACAAAUAUAUUUUUAGAGGAAA